CAAAAAAGUAACGGGUUUCUUUUUUUCUGCAUAAGUGUGAGUACGAUAACAACAGUUCAGAGAAAAUUCCACCUGGAAAUAUUAUGAAAAGUGAUAUAUAAAACUGACACUUAAUUCACCACGGUAACAAGAAAAUAUAUAUAUAUCAUUAUUGUCGAAAGAUUGACACUUUACUCAAAUACAUUAUCCUUUUUCUAUUAACUCAAACAUAUCAUAAGUGUCUAUAUUGAAAAAUGAUGAACCAGACAAUCAGUCAAUUAUUAUUUAUGGCAUAUAUUAGUGGUUUAAUUAUGCUUAUCCAAUCAGUUCCAUAUCAUAGAUCAUCAUCAUCAUCAUCGUUUAGAAGGAUAGAUUCAUUGGAAAACUUCAAGAAAUUAUCAAUGACACAUGAUAAUACAAUUGAAACAAUCAUGAAAACUAUUCAACCAAUAAUGAAAUGGAAUCAACAACCAGGUAAAUUAGAUAAUUUAUUCAUUAUUAAAAAAUCAAUAAAUUAUGCUUUAAAUAAUUAUACUAUUAAACCAACAUUUUAUCAAUAUGUGAAAUCAUGCUGUAAUCGUGAAGUAAUGAGACCAAUGGGUGGUGGACAUAUGACUGGACCAUGUUGUAAACAAUUAAUUAAAUUUAAUCAUUUUAUAUGGUUAUCAUUUCCAUGGUUUAAAAAAACAUUAACAAAAUUCACUACUGAUUAG